GGUUUGCUGAUUUACAGAAGCAGCUGUGUAUAUCGAAAUAUCGAGUUAGUUCUUGGCAUGAAAGCGAUAACUCUAAAGAUCUCAUCAAUCGCGUUGUGAAAUAGAAAUAAAUUUAUUUGGAUUUGUUAACAUUAACGCAAACGAAGAAGAGAAGUUGCUGUAUAUUUCGAGCAUGGACAAUCACAAACAAAAUAUACCAGAGGCUAUAGAAACUGCAAAGCGGAAGCUUUCCGACGACCAACAAGCAAAUGCGGAUACCAGUGCAAUAAAUAAACGCAGGAAAUCUGGGGACAAAGCGACUGUAAAAACGGAGCCUCCAGACGAAAUAGAGUCCACCACCAGCAGCAUUCAAGUGACCAUUAAGGACGAACCAAUUGAAGAACAUGAUGAGUCAGCUGCCGCCGAUGUUAGUGGCGUUUCUACGAUUAGCACUAGCUCCAACGCCGCAACUGUUGCAAUAAAAAAAGAACCAAUCAACGACGAUCCAUCUGCUAAAACGGAUGACGAUCAUGAUGAUUCACCUGCCGUCGAUGUCAAUGACAUAGCUGGGGCUAGCACCAGUCCCUUAACCAUUCCAAUAAAAAAGGAGUCAACUAACGACGAUACAUCUGUUAAGGUAGAUGCAGUUAGCAGCUCUGCAGUUAUUGUGAAAACUGAGCCAAAUACUAGCACACAAGCAGCAAUUGCCGAUAGCUCAGUUUCAUCCAGCACGUUAAGACCAUCCUGUCGUUUUGGUAUAAAGUGUUACAGACGCAAUCCGACUCAUCGGAGUAGCGAGGCUCAUCCGGGAGAUUCGGAUUACAGGCGCCCGAGUUUUCCAAUACCACCAUUGGGCACACCGGCCUGUCCAUUUGGCAACUCCUGCUAUCGUCGCAAUCCUAUACAUUUUCAACAGUAUUCGCAUCCAUCUGAUUUCAAUUCCGCCCAGAAUAUUCGAAAUCGUUUGAGGCAGCGACGCAACCAGGCGCGAAAUUCCAAUGGGCGUACAAAUGAACCCUCUGAUUUGGAAUCAGACGAAGAGGAUCCAUUUUACGAACAGGGUGAUUCUGAUUUGGAUUAUAAACCUGACGCAGAACUCGACGACGACGAGGAUGAUGAUGAUCUCGAAUUCAAUAGCGAGCGCCAGAAUUGUGAUGAAUAUGAUUAGAAUGGUUGAAAAAAUUUGUCUAUGUUAAUAUCAUGUUAAA